AUGGGCCUGGCCGGCGCAGCGAGCAAGCCGCGCCGCCAUGGCCGGCGCUCGCGUUCAGUACAUCGAGUCGCGCGAGUACUACACCGUCAACUACGUGCGCUACAGCAGGGCGAUCGGCGUGCUGUGGGGCGUGUUCGCCGUCUGCUACGCCAUCAUUAGCGUGGCCGUGUUCGUGCAGCCGCAGUGGGUGGGCGACACGGCUGACUCGCCCGGAUCCGGCUACUUCGGCCUCUGGCGGCACUGCGCCCACACCGCUUCGCUACAGGGAGACCCCGCUCUGACCUGUGCUGGUCGUCUCUCGGAUCUCUCUACAAACAUCUCGCCGGCAUUCCGCGCCGCCACCGUCUUCGUCGGACUCGCCGUGGUGGUUGCGCUGCUCACCAUCAUCUGCUUCAUCAUGUUCUGCUUCCUUCAUGCAAACACAGUGUUUCGCCUCUGCGCCUGGAUGCAGUUGCUGUCAGGCGUCUGCCUGCUGCUGGCCGUGCUCGUGUUCCCGGCCGGCUGGGACGCGCCGCUGCUGCGGGAGGUGUGCGGUCCCACGGCCGACAAGUACCGGCCUGGCGGCUGCGGCGUGCGCUGGGCGCUAGUGCUGGCCGCCAUCGGCGCGCUCGACGCUCUGGUGCUGGCGGCGCUGGCGCUGGCGCUGGCCAACCGGCGCGUGCUGCCGCCGCCGCAGCCCGAACCGGCCGCCUCGCUGCCGUGGGAGGCGGCCUCGCUGGCCGGCUCGCGGCGCUCGCUGAACCUGCAGCCGGUCAUGCUGAUGCCGCCGGCGGUGCGCGAGGCCGACCGCUGCUCCGAGUACUCAGCAGCGCUCGGCGCACUCGGGCCGGCCGCUCGGGCCGGCGCCGUUCGGGCCCGGCCGUGACUUCCAGCUGUGAGUCCGCGGCCACGGCUCCGCCGGCGGGCAGAACGACCCGAACGGUGUGGUCCUCAGCGAGCCCGGUCACGGAUCUGGCUAGAGGGACCAUCCUAGUUGCUGUUUUCAUGAAUCUCACGAUCCUCAUUCGCAACCGUUGUAGGUAUGGUUGGAAGAGAGGUGACCUCACAGGAAGGCUUUCAUGUGAUGUACAGGUGCCGUGUUCAGUCGCAGUUCGUGCGACUUGCAUUGUCGCUUCUUACGCAACUUUGCUUUAUCUGAAUUACUGUGAUGAGCCAGCCAGUAGAAAGCAUCACUGUUCCUCAGCGUGUGACAGCGAUAGCGUGUCAUGCUCUCAAGGACAUAGUCUAUCAAGAUAAAAUAUAAAUGUAGAUAGCAAGA